AUGGUGGGGGUGACAGUGAUGAGGACAUGGAUUGAGCCGGUGGUCGCCAGUUCCCAAGUGGCCAGCGCCUUCUACGACACGGCGCUGCUGCUGGUGGUGAAGAACUACUACAACCAGACCAAUGCCACCAUUUCCUCCCAUGCACUGGAAGAUGCUCAGCAGAAGGCUGUCUCUAAUUUUUAUAUCAUCUACAACCUAGUCCUGGGACUGAGCCCGCUGGUGUCAGCCUACAGCUUGUCCAAGCUGGGGGACAGGAUGCAUCGGAAGAUCCCCAUCUGCAUCCCUCUUCUUGGCUACUUGGGCUCCAAAACUCUCCUGCUCCUCCUGAUCCUGCUGGACUGGCCAAUUGAGGUGAUGUAUGGGGCUGCUGCCUUCAAUGGGCUGACAGGUGGCUUCACCACAUUCUGGGCAGGUGUCAUGGCUCUGGGAUCCCUGAGGUCCUCUGAGAGCAGGAGGUCUCUGCGGCUCAUCAUCAUUGAGCUGGUGUAUGGCCUUGCUGGCUUUCUGGGAAGCAUGGCAUCUGGCUACCUCUUUGUUGGCUUCAGUGACCGCUAUCGAGAAGGCACUGUGCUGGUGAGCUGCAGCAUCGCUUGCUAUGCUUUCUGCCUCUUCUACAGCAUUUUUGUCCUGACAGUCCCCAAGUCAGCAGCUUCCUGCACAGACAAAGGAAAGAGUGCAAAGGAGGUGGACAGCCAAGUACCAGCCCACACAGAAGGAGCAGCAGCAGGAGGCAGCUCCCAACCUUCAGAUUGCAGCAGCUCCACUCCAGUAUCCCCCUCGAAACUUACCAUCAUCAUGCUCUUUGUGGCAGCAAUCCUCUAUGACCUUGCCGUGGUUGGUGCAAUGAACGUGCUCCCACUCUUCCUGCUCAGGGAGCCUUUAAGUUGGAACGCUGUGCAGAUUGGCCAUGGCAAUGCUGCAGGGUAUGUGAUCUUCAUCACCAGCUUCCUAGGGGUAUUUGUGUUCUCCAGAUGCCUGAGGGACAUUACCAUGAUCAUGAUUGGAGUGGCAUCCUUCAGCGCCGGCAUCCUCAUCAUGGCCUUUGUGCGGUGGACGUUCCUGUUCUACAUCGCACGGGCAGUGAUGCUCUUUGCCCUCAUCCCCUUACCAACCAUCAGGUCCAUGUUAUCCAAGCAUGUCGAAGGAUCAUCCUACGGUAAGGUGUUUGUCCUGCUGCAGUUGUCUUUAGUCAUCACAGGAGCAGUGACAUCUACGGUCUACAACAAGAUCUAUCAAAACACACUGGACUGGUACAGCAGCUUCUGUUUCAUCUUGUCUUUUCUAGUUGGCUGCCUGAGUCUCCUCCCUUUAAGCAUUGUGGCCAUCAAACAACGUUCAACCACUGGCUCUCUUCAGAUCCUGACCAAGUGACAGAGGUUGUACCAGCUGAAGCGUAUUUUGGUCUUGUAUCAGCUCUCUGAGACACUGAAGUGGGAGGUUUGCGAAGUAUUAGCCCCUGCAGUUAUCCUCAGUACGGGAAACAUCUCAUGUAUGCCUCCAGUUCACAGCGUCCCACAGCCUUCGAGCCUGUGCUCAUUCAGGACAAUCAAGUUUGCCUUGCUAUUUCUGCAGUAGCUCAUCUUGCACAGUUACUGCAUUGGCUAUUUCACACCAGCAGUCUUCUGAGCAUUUUGCUUUCGUGGUCGGCUGGUUAGCAAUAGUGUAGAGGGACCAGAACACGGUAGAAAUGAAAAGGGUGAUUCUAGACACGUCAUUCAAUGUGGAAAGGGAAAGCAGAGGAUCAGUUUUCCGUUAAGUUCCUUUUUGCCUGUUAGUUCAGAAAGGUCAGGGCAGUCCUGUGACACUAGCUGGAGACACAGAGGUCCACAAGCCACACGCACACAGUUGUCGGCAGGACACGGCUGCUCUCUGAGUGCUACAGAAGAUGUAUCAGCCCAGCACAUCGAUGUUAUGUAAAAAAACCACUAAAUACAAAAAUGCAACUGUAAAAAAAAAAAACCACAAACCAAAAAACAAGUAAUAUUAAAGACACUUUCAUUAGCAAUCCCUACAAUAAAACAGUCUUAAACAGAUGUUCACAUCCCCCAACUUCUGGGAGAUUGUCCCACUGUCCCCAAACAGUGCAGCACACUACUCUUACAGGCUUUACAGAGGUGUAGGAACACUGAUGGCAGGUAAGUCACCUUGUUACCCCAUCUUCAUGCUGGGUGAAACCCCAUACAAAAGGAACUUCAUACAAUAUAGGAACUGGCAUGAGGUGUUGUCAGCUAAAUCCAAACAUGAUUCAGAAGACUGGCACACCCUAGAGGGAUCAGGGCUUAAACUAUGUGUCUACUUACAUGCUAACUGAAUUACGAAGGAUUAAGUCUUUCCCAAGAUCAUGGGUUAAGUAGAGGCAAGUUAGAAGCCCUUCAGUAACUGAAAUAAUCUGGAGGCAAGUUACGCAGCUUCAGUUGGAGUCAGGGAUGCAGCAAGCAGAAGUCAAUUACUCACUAUACAAUCCCUUAUUCUGAGGAAGUUGCUGCCACCCAUUCCACCCACAUACACACAUUAUUGCAGCCUUUUCUCAGCUCCAGGCUUCACUUCCAGGUAAUACAGAUGUACUACAGCAGACAGAUGACUUUUAACUAUAUCUGCAGUGAAACAAUAUUUUAAGGGAAGGGUAUUUCCGCAGUAAGACAGUGAGCUGCUCAGUAAAAUAUGUGCACACAUCAUUUCAAUGGCAAAGGCUGCAAAAAAUGAAACUUGAUCUUCUAGGUAAAGGAGUCAUCUUUUAAUACAUUUAUUGGUCCAUUCCGUUAAAUUAAUUGAGGUAAACAAAUGGUGCAUUUUAAAAAAAUGUACACACUAAUAGAGAAUUACAAACAGUUUUACCUCAAAGCGUUUUUCUCCAUCAAUACUAGUUCCAUAGUAAACAACGCACAAAGUAUAUUUAUACAGAGAUAUAUGAAAGGGUAUAGAAACAUGCCAGCACCAGAAGGCAAGACAACAUUUCAUAGCCUGCAAGUCUGAACAAGAGCACAGUUGCCAGCUUUGGUCGAGUGCAGGAAACAAACCCCUCCUUCCUGUUUCCCUAACACACCGUUUACUAUUUCACACAGAGACAAGUCUUUUCACAGCUUUCAUUUUGGUUUUUAAUGGUAUGAAUGGUGACCCUACAGUUCUGGUGAGUGGGUUUUUAUAGAGGCUGGAAGCGGCAGAGCCUGGGCAAGGAGCUGGCGGCGCUUUGGUCCCCAGUACUGACACCUUCAACAAGGAGGGGGAUGAGAUCCACCUCAGCUCACAGCCAGUUUGCCUUCACCUGCAUGGCCCAACUCUCCAGACCUUAAGGAGGGACACAGGGAUGCAGGCACAGAGGAAAACAGAACAAGGAUGCUGCUGCUUUAUUUUAAUAUAAAGACAAAAAGCCCUUUGGCCAUUUGCAAUUUGUUUUGCAACAAAAGACUGUCCCUCUGCAACGUGUCUCCUUGUGCAGUGGGAACGUGGCACCAGCCCCAACCCUGCUGCUUGAUCUGAAGGUAUGGAUGGAUACACAUCCCUGCAGCAGAGUUAAGGCAAACGUUUAGCUUCAAAGCAUAGAGUACCAAGGCCUUCAAAUGAGUCUAGGACAGCAACUAGCCUUUAAUGCUUUAGCAUGCCACUUGCUUAAGGGUGACCUAUAUAUGCCUUUCAGAAAGUGCAUUAUUCUCUGCACAACUACUGUGCCUUUGCCAUGCAACCUUAAAACUAGCCCAGUUCACUGCUAAGUACUUGUAUAAGUCAGAUACCCCAACAAGACUCUGAAGUGCUAAGCACAAAAUUAAGCAUUGCCAUUCUAUUCUGAACAGCACACUUGCAAAAAGUUUAAAAUGCAACAUUCUCACUGCCAGAAGGCAAGUUUAUUCCUGUGACACCCAGUUUUACUUUACAAAAACACAAAGGCAAGAAGUAGCAACUCCCUUAUCUUAAUUUAAAAAAAAAAAAAAGACCCCAUUUUCCUUAUUUAUUGGUUAUUGUGGUAAAAGCUAAUAUACCAAGGGAAAUACCGUUCAACCUUCAGAACUUAAGAAGGCUCAACAUCUACUGAGCUAGUUUAGUCUAGUGGUUAUCAGCACCAGGAUUUUAAACAGUCUGCAACAUUAAUCAUAAUUAUACUCAGUUAAAUUGUGCAAGUUUUAACAAAAGCAUGGCUCCUGUUAAAACACUGAACAGUCCCUGGUGGGAUGAGAGAGGAUUCUUUUGUACCUUGGCAUCUGCAGGACCAACAUCUCAAGCAAUACGCACCAACAACAGGCUACGCAGAGCCACUGCUGGAAGGUGACCUUAUCUUUAACACUUAUCCCAUACUCUAUCCUUGGCACAAGUGUCAGUGUGACAAAAAUCUAAGCAGACUUCAGCGAAGAAUCCUUAACUUUAUUCCUUGAUACAACUCACAUCAGAAGAGUUCGUGUCUUUAGGGCUGCACCUAUUCCCUUUUCAUUUUCCAAUGGAUACCUGAAAAAAGCCAUGAUGUUUCAACAUCUAAGUUUAUUGCAGGAGUCAGAACCUGGUAACAAUACAUAUGAACAAUGCACAGUUCAUCACCAAGCAUGAAACAAGAUCUCAGUGCUUGCUUUAUUGUGCUGGUGCCAGUUAAAGGAAGCAACAAAUGUCCCAGAAAAAUUACACAGAAGUAUAACCAGGACAGCAGUGAAUUACACAUCCUCAGGCAGAGCUUGGUCUGGCCAUGGAUUACAAGGAAAACUGGGCUAAUUUAAAGACUGUCGAAGGACCUACAUGUUACACAGUGUCAUAGGAAGGGCACAACUAAUGUUGACAUCACUUUGGUGCACACGCAGAGGGUGACCUUAAGUGACUGAACACUCAGAAGUUACUCAAGGGUGAAGCUCCCACACUACUCCUGCUUCCCUUUACCAACACUUUUCACAUUCCAGGUUUGGGCCAUCCAAAGGAGAGACACCUAUCCUGUAAGGAUUAUGGGAUAACAUGUCAGCUUCACUAAUGGUUCAGAUCUCAACUUCCCACUAACAGCAGCUAAGUGUACCCUUCACAAGUGUCACUCUUUGCAUUUGACAGGGUUUCCUGCUAUUUUGUAGUUCUCCCAUUUGGCACAGCUGCCCCAAACCUCACAGUCAGGAUCCUCCCCACACAUCACAGCCUCUCCCACAAUCACCUAUUGAUUUACAACUGCUCUUUAUAAAGAGACUCCUCCAUAGCCCAUGGGAGCUGAGGGACUCACCACUACACAUAUUUCUUCCACUGCAGCAAUGCUUGCCAGGGAAUGUUAAGUUUUACUUCCCUUGUAGGGACUUAAGACAUUUUGGUGUUACAGAAACAUGUAAGAAAUCCUAUUAGUGGCCACAGCCUGAGAAGCAUGUUCCAACCUCUUCUCCAAAUCAAUCUGCAGGUGCCACAGAGCAAUAUAAUCCAACAGGGAACUGCAAAGCCUGCCUGCCUUUCAACAGCUUAUCCAGAAAGGGAUUUACCUGAAAUCAAAAUAUGUUUUGGCUGAGGACUAGUUUGAAAACCAUGCUGCAGAAUCAGUGGCAUCAGAUUCAAGAAUAUGUAAGCUGAUCUGCAACAGCUCAACAGUUACAUGUUGAUUUGAACUUCACUUGGUACUCCCCACUGCCCACUAUGCUUCUCACGAACAGCUGUUGUCAAUUGCUAAACCCCCCAGAAUGAACACACACUUCAGUUUAACAGAAAACUAAGAGGGAACAUGACCUCAGUGUGCUAAGGCAUCAGACAAAACCUCCUCACCCACAGGAAAAAGACACCAUCCUUUGCACUCAUCUUGCUUUUUUUUUUAUUUAUAAGGUGAAGGGAAGACUAAGUAUUAGUUAAAAUUACAUUCUCCUCAACUCUCAGGGAUGUUGCAGAGUCGAGAACAAGAUUCAAUUUACCACACAGAAACCAGCUCAAAAAAGCAUGGGAAACAGGGAAGACUGUAGCCCUGAAGGUCAGGCUGCUAAAUGGUAUGCAAGUGCUUACUGUAGAAGAAAAAGCUUGAGUAAAACAUUUGUUUAGUGCUUCCAGAUGAUCCCCCUAAGCACUUCCCUUGCACAAGAAGAGCAGUUUGUCAGGCUGGACCUAAUAGCAACAGCAGAGUUCUCAUUUAAGUGUAUAUUGACAAACUCUAAGCUUGAACCAAAAAUUAUAGUUUGUUUAGUACCACAGAGUUGUCAAUGGAGGCUGAGUCAAAAAGGAAGACCUCUUAAAAUGUCUUAAACUUGACUUUUUCACCGAGACAGCAUCAUCACAUUAACCUGACAGCUACCGCAUUGCUGCAAUAACUCGACAGCUGCUAUAGAGCCACCAGGCUGAACAGAGGGACUUUAGGUACACCUGAAGGUGUUUAUGAAGGGAUGAAGUCCAAACCAAGCUGGUACCUGGUAGGUCAUCACAGGAGAACACAGAAGUUGCACAUACUCAAUUACUGCUCAGAUUCUUCAUAAGAGUGUUCCUGGAGAUCAAGUAAUCACUCAAGUUUAGCAGUAAGCGCUCGAAUUUACUUAUUCCCCCGAAGCCCAAUAUUACACUGAUAGCCCCAAACCCCCUCACUUAGGAUAGUUAAAAAAGAUUUAUCUGCAUGCUGUUAAACCAAGACUCUGGGAUCCUGGGAAUCACAGCAGCAUUCCUAAGGCCAUUAACACCAAGCAGGCAUUUACUUGAUGUUGGACUGCAAGAGAAAGGGGAUAAAAGGGACUUGCAGAAGCAGUUACAUUUCUAAAGGCCAAUAAAAACUACUAAGAAAAUAGAUCUGUACCAAAGGUAGUCUUAACAGACUUGCCAUGUGGUGCAGUAGACACAGGUAUGAACACUAUGUGUACCUAACAGGGUACCCAUCUACGCCCACCAAUCUGUGUAAGGCAAGUUUCACACACAAUGAUGCUCGGUGUAAGCAAGUAUUUGACACUUUUUGGCUUUGGCUGCUGGAAAAAAAAAAAUAAGAGGGAAAGAAAGCAGAGUUCUACUUUUACUACAGGAGGCACCUUAAGUGAACAAGCCCAAAGUGACUCUAGUUCUGAAAAAAAAAAAACAAAAACCAAAAACAAACAACAAAAACACACAAAAAACCC